AUGGCAGUAACAACCACCGUCGAACAACUAAAGCCGGCCAUCAUUUUCCAGAAGAGGAGGAAAAUUCCUGCAGUCUGGAUGAGAUCCGGUACUUCCAAGGGACUAUUCAUUCAUGAAAAAGAUCUGCCCGCCUCAGUCAAACUAUGGGAGGAUAUUUUCCUCUCGGCGAUGGGUUCGGCGCAGGCCAGCGCGAAGCAGCUCAACGGAAUCGGGGGUGCAACAUCAACAAGUUCUAAAGUAGCAGUUAUUUCCAAGUCUACUCGGCCGAACAUAGAUGUGGAUUAUACAUUUAUUCAGGUGGCACCCGACCAGCCCAAAAUUGACAUGACUGGAAACUGCGGGAACAUCGCGGCUGGGGUAGGGCCAUUCAGCCUGGACGAAGGCAUUGUCAAAGCUCAACCAGGCCAACCAGAGAUCGAUAUUCGGAUCUUCAACACUAACACCAAGCAAACUAUCGUGGAAACCGUUCACGUAGCUCCGGACGGUAGAUUCCGAGAAGAUGGAGACUAUGAGCUGCCUGGCGUCAAAGGCACUGCAAGUCCUAUCAAGGUCGCUUUUCUCAAGCCCCAGGGCAGCAUGACAGGAAAAAUGUUUCCAAGUGGAGCUAAAAAGGAGAUCAUUACCGUACACUGUCGUUCUGGUGAUGUACUUUCGGUCAGAGUGAGCCUGGUCGAUGCUGCCAAUCCAUUUGUUCUUGUUGAUGCCUCUUCAAUCUCUUUGAAGAAGAAUGGCGCCUGGCCGGUUGAGGAUGAUACCCAUUUCCUUUCGACCGUGGAGGAUAUUCGGCGGGAAGGGGCCGUGCGUUUCGGUCUCGCUGAGGAUACAGAGACAGCAGGUCUUGUCCGAGGAACGCCCAAAAUCGCCUUCUUAUCUCGUGUUACAAAGGGAGAAGACGGUGCAGAUAUUGAAGUUCUUUCGUUCACCAUGGGAAAGCCACAUACCAGUCUCCAAUUGACCGGUGCGGUAUGCAUCGGUACCGCGAUGGCCAUUUACGGCUCAAUUGCAUCGGACUUAGCGGCCGAGAGAAUUCAGAAACAUGGAAUGACAGUCGCUGACCAAAACAUUGCCUCGCCGUUACCUGUAGGUAUUCGACAUCCUUCGGGAACAAUACACACCGAAACAACUCUGGAGAUGAACCAGGAAGGCGAAUUUAGUGUCGAAAAGGUUGCAGUCUUUCGCACGGCGCGUCGAUUGUUCGAAGGGAAUGUGUUUUACUGA